AACUUCUACCAACACCCUACAUACAACAACCUAUAUAUAACCACCUAAUCCCCUCCACAAUCAACAUACCCUUCAACCUACCCACCCUCACCAAGAAGACAUUAAAAUGGACCCCCUCACCACAGCCCUCCACAAAAUCGACACCCUCCACUCCCUCGACCCCACCAAAACCCCCAUCACCAACACCCCCUACGAACUGCACUACGCCCAAAAAAUGACCACCUACCUCUACAAACACACGCCCACGCCCUCGCCCGUCCUCCAACUCGCCAUCCGCGCCCAACACCUCAAACGCUGGGAAGUGCCGCGCGCGUCCUACCCAGCCGGCAAAGCCGGGUACUACGCCUGGCGAAGCGGGCUCGGGCGCCGCCAGGCCGAAAUCGCAGUGCAAGUGUGUUUGGAGAGUGGGAUUGGGGCGGCGGAGGCGGAGCGCGUGGGCGCGUUGAUUCGGAAAGAGGGGUUGAGGGGAGGCGAGGAUGCAGAGGCGCAGGUGUUGGAGGAUGUGGCGUGUUUGGUGUUUUUGGAUGAUCAGUUGGAGGGGUUUGAGGGGGCGUGGGAGGAGGAGAAGGUCGUGGGGAUUUUGAGGAAGACGUGGGGGAAGAUGUCGGAGCGGGGGAGGGAGUUGGCGUUGGGGAUGGAGAUGGGGGGGAGGGCGAGGGAGUUGGUUGGGUUGGCGUUGGGGAAUUGA